AGUAUAAAUUGGCAAGACGGGUGCGUUUUGCUUCAGUUCAGUUGCAGAAGUGAUCGCAAAUUUGGGAAUUUAGGGAUUCGAGGUGUUCGCUGUUCUCUCACUCACUCAUUCUUGUUAUUGAAGAAGAAGAUAUUCUAAUCGAAAGCUCCCGUCUCUUGUGUAAGAAAGUAGGGAAUUGGUUCGAGACGGUAAAAUGCAGAACAAAGAAGCAGUGCUGGAAGAUGGCCAAGCAGCGCAUGCGACUGAGGUUCAUGAUUGGGGUAAUUUUGUGGAUGAUGACAUAAUGCAGCAGAAAUCUGCAAUUAAUGCUGAGGAAGCCAAGAAAAUUCCAUUUCUCGGCGAUAAGGAACCAAUAAGUAGCUUAGCUGCUGAAUAUGAAUCAGGCAGUCCAAUCUUGCUGGAGAAAAUAAAGGUGCUUGAUGAGCAAUAUGCUGCUAUUCGGCGAACUCGGGGAGAUGGCAACUGCUUCUUUCGCGGCUUUAUGUUUUCAUACCUUGAGCAUAUUUUGCUAAGUCAAGAUCAAGCAGAGGUUGAACGUAUACAAGCUAAUAUUGAAAAGAGUAGGAAGGCACUACAGUCCUUGGGUUAUGCAGACUUGACAUUUGAAGAUUUUUUUGCGUUAUUCAUUGAGCAGCUGGAAGGUGUUAUUCAAGGGAAAGAGACUUCCAUAAGUCAUGAAGAACUUGUUUCUAGAUGCCGAGAUCCAUCAGUUUCUGAUUAUGUUGUAAUGUUCUUCAGAUUUGUUACCUCUGCUGAGAUACAAAAGCGCUCAGUGUUUUUUGAACCUUUCAUAAUGGGUCUGACUAAUACUACAGUCGAGCAGUUUUGCAAAUCAUCGGUUGAACCAAUGGGUGAAGAGAGCGACCAUGUGCAGAUCACUGCCCUUUCUGAUGCAUUGGGUGUUCCAAUCCGUGUUGUGUAUCUUGACCGCAGUUCUUGCGAUACUGGAGGUGUCAGCGUAAAUCAUCACGAUUUCAUGCCAGCUGCCAGUGAUCUCCCAAAUGCUAGUGUUAGCGAUGGAAAGAAUAAUCCAUUCAUCACGUUGCUAUAUCGCCCUGGUCACUAUGAUAUCCUCUAUCCAAAAUGAGGGCCUGCUCAGGAAGAUCUCCAGUUACACUUUUUGGUGUUGUGGAGCCGCAACAGCUCUGCACUGAGCUAUGCUACUAAGAACGGUCUUAGUCUGUAACUUUGUUAAUGUUGAAUGGUCAAUUUGUCUAGAAGUUUCAUCUGUUUAGUACUGAUUAACCAGCACAAAGUACAUUAGCAUCAAUGCUCUAAUAAUCAAAACUCACUUUGAUGCCUGUUACAUGUUGGCAUGGCUCCUUGCAGCUUCCUUGUAUUAUCUCGUUGCUGCUGCUUCCAAUCUUUGCAUGUGUGCCCAUCUUUCACCGUAAUGCUUCACUAGUAAUUAAUUCGUAAUAACCCUGCAAUGUUUAUGGAUAAUCAUGAGUACUAUAUAUGGUUUUCUGUUUA